AUGAAUGACUUUCAAGAGUCAAAUAAGAUUCUAGAAAAUACUGAACAAAACAAUAAAAAAUCUUCAUUACUAGAAAAUCCAAAGCAACUAGAAUUAGAUAAUACAAAAGAUAAUAUACAUAUGACCUUAGAAGAGACUGAUCCUAACCAACAACAGAACCUUUAG